AUGGGUUGUUGUGUAUAGCGAACCAAAUUCGAGGGGCUUCAGGAUGAAAUGUUCCGCACAGCUAACAUGCUACCCACCUAUGAAAACAUAAAUGCUAUCUAUGAAGAAGUAUAGUUACCAUUUGUGAUAGAGGAGCAGUUGCCUUAGGUUAAGGAGAAGCUGAUAUUUAUGAUAAUAAACCUGCUGAGAGUAAAACCAAUGAUAUUCAUGCACUAGAUUAACAUGUUGAAGAUUAAAUGCGACAUGCGCUAGAAGCCUAAAAAUCUGGUAUACUUCUCAGAAGAUGUAGACUUGGCUAUAGACUACCUAGCUAAUAUGCAGCCUACUCAUCCCUUGGAACUUUCGCCAGAAUUGUGCGCUUAUUCGAGACAAGAGAGAAUGGCUAUAUUCAGUGAGUCGCCAGAACGUAUUAAGACCCGAAUGGACAGUCCAGACCGCUAGAACUCUAAUAAGCCUCUUCAGCUUGAAGUGCAUAGCAUCUUGGACAUUACUGAUUCGAAUGGCACAAUCAACACUCUGGCAAGUGAAACUGCAAAUGAAGCCUCAACAGCGACAAAAUCCUCAAGCAAUUCAAAUAACAACAACAAGAAAAAGCUGGCAAGACAGAGAGUUAAAUUCAAGGGUAUGAAGGAGAUGGUAGUAGAUUUUCUAUGCAGAGAGGAUCUGGCUAUUACAACUCUGAAAGAGUUUCUGGAGCUGUUCGUAUCUAGCAUAAAGAAGAAUCAAUGUCUGCACUCAGAGUUGAUGAAUCCUGCUUAUCAGCAUUUUGGAAUGAAGAUGUAAUUUAACAACUAUUCAUCUAUCGCGACUAUGAGAAUAUUUCUAGCUUAAUCAAUAAGACCGUGA